AUGGCCUCAAAACUCAUACGUCUUGUCGGGCUCAUGGGGGCUUUUGUUCCCGUAUUCGGGGCGUCCACUAGAGGUUCUCGUCAGAUAUCCACGCCGUUAUCGUCGAGAAUCGUUGCCAGAAUGAACCAGUCCGAUGCCUUUGUCGAAAAUAUUGCUGUCCGAAGUAAUGGUGACCUUGUCGUGACGCUACUCAAUCCAUCGGCCUCUGUCUAUACCGUUAAGUCGCCGUAUACUGAUUCUCCGAUUGUAUCCCUCGCCCACACGUUUGAGGGUGCCAACGGCACAAUUGGGAUUACCGAGACAAGUCACGAUACGUUUGUCGUCGUAGCGGCACUCAUCCGGGAUGCUGCUCAGCCACUGCCGAACACAACGUCGCUAUGGGAGCUGAAGCUAGACGACGGAGAUCAGCAGGCUACUGCUCGUAGAAUGGUCCACAUCGCCGAAGCAGGUUUAAUAAACGGCAUCGUCUCCGUACCGGACAACGAGUCUAUUAUCUUGGCCGCGGAUAGUCAACUUGGCGCUAUUUUCCGAGCCGACGUCGCGAAUGGCGAAUACGAAGUUAUACUUGAUGCCCCUGAGCUGAAACUUACUCCCGGAGCGAGUAUCCCACUUGGUGUCAAUGGCUUAAAGGCAAGUAUCACCCCUUGGAUAUAUCGCCGGAUUCGCGAUGGAUACGUGUACUUGUCUAACUCGGAUCUAUUCUCGAUUUAUCGCUUCCAGAUUGACGAGCAAGGAUAUCCUAUACAGGGCGCCGAGAUCGAAAAAGUCGCCACGGUCGAAGGUGUUUCAUUCGUGGAUGAUUUUACUUUUGAUAGACAUGGAAAUAUUUGGCUUGCGACGAACACCAAUAACACAGUAGUGACUAUUGGGAAAGAUGGUCGCCAGUCCGUAGUGGUGGGCUCACUCACGGAACUUACUGUUGCAGGAGACAGCUCUCUCGCAUUCGGUAAAACGUCGAUUGAUCAGGACGUUCUUUAUGUGACUACGUCAGGGGGGAUUCCUGCUCCCGUCAACGGUACAUUUACCGAGCCAGGAAAAAUUGUUGCUGUUGAUGCGAGAGGAUAUUACUAG